AUGGCAUCAUACCUAAAGUCUAUAUUGAGAGUCCCUGUACGUAGAUUUGCUUCCACAGACAACGCAACAACAAGCAACGUUUCUCGAAACUUGUUGCAAAGAAGUCCGUCAGCCAUCUCAAAGAGAAUAGUCGCGACACAGUUUCUAUUGUCACGAUGGGGCAUAGAAAGUGUCCAUAGAGUCAACGCAGAUCCGAGGGUUGUCGAAAGUCAUAACAUUGUGAAAGCCAGUAUUGAAGUUUCAGGCAUCUCGAGUUACUUUACGGACGCUGAAAAGCCCUUUAUUGAUGCAAAACUGGGCGCUUGGAAUGAUGAUGACAUUCAUCAGGUUGGAAAGCGAUGGGAAUCGCUAGGCAUGCUCCUAUGGACAUCCUUAAUCAUCCCAGAGCUGCCGACUCCUUACACACAAUUUACACACGAGAGCCUCUUCAAAGCUUCCUCGUUAAUACCAGCAUUGCCAUCCACUGUGACGGAUUUUGUCGAGUAUUUCACAAAUGGAGCCGGUGCUGGAUCAGAUCACUUUCGAGCCGAUCAGGAUCUGAAGGAGGCCAUUGACGUUGCUGAGGCUUGGUAUUGGCGUAGCCAGAUGGAACAAAUAUCUGACUUGAAACGAGCCAUUGAAGCUGAUGAAACAAACCAAAUGCAAAUAACCAUUCCAGCUGCUCUUCGGAAACUUGUUGCUGACUCUGAUGUCGCCAUCCGACAAGCUUCAAUAUCAGCUUACAAUAAGCUGCUCAUAAAGGACUUGAUAGAUCACGACUUUGGUGUGGAUGGUCAACCCUACGCAUCGCUUGAACCGGAUCGGAAGCACCAAUUAGCAGAUAUAGCUGAAGCUAGAUUGACUACUCUGACUUGGCUUGCUGACAACACUAGAGAAUGGGAUUAUAAAGAGGUCAAAUACUUUAACCCAUUAAACUCCAUAUUCAAUGUCUAA